GGCUGGUGCAUCGCGCAGGCGGCAGGUUUCUGCAACUGAGCUUCGCAAUGGCGAUUGUUUGUGCAGGCUGUGGUGACCCUAUUGUUGAACGCACUCUCUUGAAUGCCUUGGACAGAUUCUGGCAUACCGGAUGUCUAAACUGUUCUUGCUGUGGAUUACGUCUAGAUGAACUGGGACCGUCAGUAUUUGUCCGUUCAGAUAUGCUUCUUUGCAGACAAGAUUAUCUCAGACUUUUUGGAUUGUCUGGAACCUGUGCAAAGUGUAGACAGAAAAUCCCACCAGAUGAGUUGGUGAUGCGUUGUCAAGAAAGUGUGUACCACGUGCGGUGUUUUUGCUGCUUCCAUUGUCAUGCCCAGUUGAAUCCAGGUGACAAAGUCUGUUUGGUCGAGGGCAACCUCUUUUGUGAACUGGAAUUCCCCCAACUCUUUUCCACCACUACUGUUAAAUGGUCCCCAACCAUGAAGCCACCAAACCAAGCCAUCUCCAAUUUGUUGAUGACCUCUACUAAUCAGACAGAUUUGCUGCGCAAUCUCGUGCAACACCAACAGCAACAAGAUCUCAAUACGAAACCGGCGCUAUUUGUAAGGUCACCCAGUUACCCGAAUCCUCCAGAUGGACAAAACAUUGGAAGUAUACGCUAUUCUCCUGUACCUAUGAACCAUUCCGACUUCCCUGGUACGCUGAGCUCCCACCCCGAAAGUCCCGUAAUGACAAUGAUCAAUCCAAACCACAUGUUUCCCGACAAUCCCCUGACUCCUAACUCCGGUCUGGGUCUGUCCGACAUCGAUCCGUCAUUUAGCACUGAAUCAGUAUCUAUCGUUCAGACGCUGGCCACAGACAAACAAGCCAACAAGGGUAACACGGCUGCUGGGGGUCAGGGCAACGAAUCCACCGCUCCUUCCGGUCGCAAGAAACAGAAAAAAGUUGACUCCAGACGCUGUCCACCUCUCCGUGUGUGCUGAUUGUCAAUGUUCCCAUGUUAUAUAUCGACGGUCUGGUUCACUCGCCAGAUAAAGGCCUCGAAGAAGUCGAACGGAUUUUUCCUACUUCAAGCCGGUCGACCGGUUGAUACACGCACGUGUUUUGUGAUUUUUAUUGUCCCUUGCACCACUGGGGCAUAAGAUGACGGUCGGUCAUUUUCCAGAUUUUGUUCUGAAUCCUCGCACCCUGUGUCGUCUAUGUGUGCAUUUUCCCGGGACUCCCCUUCGCACUGCACCCGCAAUCGGGUUUUUGUGCAACAACAACAGUACGGUUGUCUUUUUAACCGUGCUCAAUUUUCAACCUUCGAUGCUGUGAUCCACACCUGAACACCCAUCUGCCUCCCGAUUUUUGGUAGCAUGCCCGAUACAAGUUUACUUUAUG